CGAAAUAAAUGAGCUCGUAGGCGCAGCACAGCAGAGCCUAAAGUUGCAGCGCCGCAUGUGUGUGGACCUGCCGAAAGACCUGCGCAAGCUCCUGCAUGAGCGACGCCCACUGCCCCGCCCAUGCCGAUGUCGAAGUCAAGGACGUGGAUGCAGGCGGAGCCACGAAGGUCGUUGAGCACUGCAUGUACGCAGGUGAGGUGCGCGAACUGGAGCACCGGGGACAUCUCCCAGAAGGCCUUGUAGGCCCCGAGCUUGAGGACGACGUCUUAGGGCGUGGACGCCGGCGGCGCGGGGGGCUCUCCAGUAGGGGAGAGCGCAAGGCGCAGGGCCGCUGGCGUUCGUCGCGGAGGACUCCGGCCGGAGGGAGGGGUUUGGGCACUGGGUCUGCGGCUACCUCACGCGCACGCCUCAAGCCCUUCACGUCCAGCCUCGCCGACCCGGCUCUCCUGUCCAUCAAGGGCGCCCCCAUCGUACGUGCCUGUUGUUGGUGGCGUCCGACGGCUACAGGACACUGCGGUCAGUGCGGAACGCGCAUCGUCAAGACCCUCGGGCCAAGCGGCCGCGGUGCUGCUGCUGUCGAGCAGGGCGGAUUCGUGCUCUGGACCAUGGCGCCCGGGAUGUGGUACGUCGAGCUCGCCAUCGGCUGCAGCAAGGUGCACGUGGGAUGCAAAGGCCGCCUUGUCUGGCGCCACACCCCGUGGACAUGCUAACACAGCAGACAGCACGGCGGCGGCGACACGUCCCGGCUACUGACACAGCGAAGCGGCCGCUGACACGGCGCAGUGGCGACU